UUCUUGCAAUCGCCACCCCCACCAGGAAGUCCCACUAGUACCAAACCUGACGGCCUCGAGCUAACCCCCUUGUCUUAUGACAACAAGUCCACCAAAAACCCUAAUUAUUACCUCCAUCUUCUUCUCGAUCCUCGAUCAUGGCCUCUAAUGGAAAUUCUCCGAGAGCGGGGGAAACUGAGAGCAGCUUGGAGAAGAUCAAGCGGCAGCUGUCUUCGGGUUCGGGUAGGAAUCUGCUGCAAGGCCCGCUUCUUAAACGAUCCGAGACGUUGAGGAAGUGGAAUGAGCGAUGGGUGAUCCUAGACCCAACCACUGGAAAAAUGGAAUACAAGUUUCGGCGAAAUGACACGGCUGUGAAAGGAACAAUUAUAUUUGAUGCGACCAGCACGAUUACUCUGUCUCCAGUGAACUUCCAUGGACUGCCUAAAUAUGACAGCUGCUGCUUUUAUAUCGGGACUCCACAGAAAAAAGAUUACUUCCUCUGUGCGGAGACUCCUGGUGCUGCAAGAGCUUGGGUAUCUACUUUGCAGGCAAGCCAAUUAGUGUUGCGGGCUCAUAAAGAGGCUGUUAAUUCAUUAAGUGGCAAUGGUUCUGCAAAGCUGGGAACAGUUGCCACUGUUGUUGCUGCUGCCAACUCUACUGCAGCUGAAGCCUCAAAAGAAAUUGAAGCAGCAAUGAAGAUAUCUAUGAGGGCAGCUCUUGGCCUAGUGUCAAACAAGGCAAAUGAGGGUCAACCAGAUGACCUGACAAUAAUGAAGGAGACUCUUAGAGUAAAAGAUGAAGAAUUACAACAGUUGGCAAAGGAACUCCGAGCAAGGGAUUCCACCAUAAAGGAGAUAGCAGAAAAAUUGACAGAAACUGCUGAAGCUGCUGAGUCUGCUGCAUCUGCAGCUCUUACAAUGGAUGAAGAGAGAAGAUUUGCAUGUGUAGAAAUUGAAAGGUUAACCAUGGAGAUGGGGAAGCACUUGGAGUCGUCCCAGCUCAAGUUGAAGGAAGCAGAAGCAAAUGUGCUUGCGCUAAGCAACGAAAAGGAGGCUCUGUUAAAGCAGAGAGAUUCUGCCCUCCAGGAGGCACACAUGUGGCGUUCUGAGCUUGCCAAAGCUAGAGAACGUGCUGUGAUACUGGAAGCAGCUGUUCUUAGAGCUGAAGAAAGGGCAAGAGUUUCAGAGGCAGACGCUGAGACUCGUGCAAAAGAUGCUGCAGAAAAAGUACGUGCUGCUACAAAAGAAAAGGAAGAUCUCAUGGCAGUUGUGAACAUUUUGCAAUCACAAGUUCAAAGACAACAAAGCAGUACAAAGCAGGUUUUCGAAGAGAGAACAGAGUCAUGUUCAGGCAUUUCCGACACAAAGCAUGUGGACUCAUCUGAAGACGAUGUGGAUAAGGCUUGUUUAAGUGAUUCAAAUAUGGUUCCAGAUUCAGGGGACAACGAAGUUCAGUUAGCAGUCGAUGGAGUCGAGAUUCGUUCUAUAGGUGAGACUGAGUGGAAUGAUUUCCAGUCAAACGAAGCAAGGAUAGCUGAUGUGAGAGAGAUCUCCCCUGAAACUGAGGGAAACAGCUUAGAUAUCUCUGUCGUUAAUCCUCAAGUUGAAGACCAUCAGCAUGGUGGUAACUCAUAACCGUGAUGUAAAUUAUAAAAUUAUUCAUUUUCCUACAUUGGGCUUUGCUAUAUAGUGUCAGUGUGUGACAUUUGUUAGAAGAGAGCUCUAUGGACUUUAUUUUAUUAUCAGUAAAAUAUUUGAUGAUUGAUAGAGAUGA